UACGAUCCUAGCAUACCUUUGCCAACUGCCAAAGGCCCAUAGCCAUAGCAACGACAUCCGACCUGGGAUUCUGUCUUCUCUCCCUGUUCCUCUGUUUUGUUAUUUUGGUUUGGUUUCUCGCCUUGCUGUCAAUGGCGAACAGAUACUGGGUGGUGUCUCUUCCGGUUCAGAAAUCGGCCUCCACAUUGUGGAAUAGCUUACAAGACCAAAUCUCCAAGCAUUCCUUCGACACUCCUCUUUACAGAUUCAAUAUACCAAAUCUACGUGUUGGCACUCUCGAUUCCCUCCUUGCUCUCAGUGAUGAUCUCUUCAAAUCGAAUACCUUUAUCGAAGGAGUUUCUCAGAAAAUCAGGAGGCAGAUCGAGGAACUGGAGAGAGUAUCUGGAUUGGAGAGCAAUGCCCUCACCGUUGAUGGAGUCCCCAUUGAUUCUUAUCUAACAAGGUUUGUUUGGGAUGAAGCAAAGUACCCGACAAUGUCCCCCUUGAGGGAAAUUGUUGAUGGUAUUCACACUCUAGUGGCAAAGAUCGAGGAUGAUCUCAAGGUUCGUGUUGCUGAGUAUAACAAUGUGCGCAGCCAACUUAAUGCCAUAAACAGAAAGCAAAGUGGAAGCUUGGCUGUUCGUGACCUGUCUAAUAUGGUGAAGCCUGAGGAUAUCAUUACUUCUGAACACCUAGUGACUCUCCUCGCAGUUGUUCCCAAGUAUUCACAGAAGGAUUGGCUUUCAAGCUACGAAACAUUGACAACCUAUGUGGUCCCUAGGUCCUCCAAGAAGUUGUAUGAAGAUAAUGAAUAUGCUCUUUACACUGUCACGUUAUUUGGUCGCGUCGCUGACAAUUUCAGAACUAGUGCACGGGAACGAGGCUUCCAAAUUCGUGAUUUUGAAUAUAGUCCAGAAGCACAAGAAAGUCGUAAGCAGGAACUAGAGAAAUUGGUACAAGACCAAGAUAGCUUGCGAAGCUCACUUUUGCAAUGGUGUUACACUAGUUAUGGGGAGGUUUUCAGCUCCUGGAUGCAUUUUUGUGCUGUACGUAUCUUUGCAGAGAGCAUUCUAAGAUAUGGUCUGCCGCCGUCUUUCCUGGCUUGCGUUUUGUCCCCGUCUACAAAGGGUGAGAAGAAAGUGCGGUCCAUCCUCGAAGGAUUAUGUGAUAGCACAAACAGCACAUACUGGAAGACUGAAGAUGAAGGCGGAGCAAUGGCUGGUUUAGGAGGUGAUGCCGACACCUAUCCCUAUGUCUCCUUCACAAUCAACAUUGCUUGAUGAAUGCAAUUGCUAGGUCUUGAUUCUGAGCAUCUUCAUCAAGACGACAAAUGAUAAUAAGGUAAAGUGUAGGAGAUGCUGUAUAUUGAUUCUUUAGUUAUUUAUGGACAUCCUCACCUUAGGGAGCAGUGUCUGAAACUUUUGUAUUCUGAAUUUGAGGCUUUAACCCUUGGUUUCUAUUUCUGACAAUCUGCAAUGUUGAGGCUCCACCUUUGCCUUCUAUAUAUAUUUCAGUAACUUUGAUCA